AUGGCGCCUGUAUGGUUGGAAGCAAUGUUGCCGCUGGGAAUUAUAGCAGGGAUGCUCUGCGUCAUGGGAAACGCUCAAUAUUUCAUCCACAAGGCCGCCCAUGGCCGCCCUAAGCACAUAGGGAACGACGUUUGGGACGUGGCUAUGGAGAAACGAGACAAGAAAAUCAUGGAAAUUCUCUCUUCGCCUUCCCAUUCCAACUAG